AUGUCUAUCCCACAUCAUCAGAUGGAAAAGAUAUCUUAUAAAUCGACAGAUGUUAAGGAUAAAUCUCUUGCUCACCAUGUGUUUGAUCAAUUGUUUCUGAGAAGACACAAGCUACAUCAAAAGAAGAAACAGAUUGUAGCUCCUAAGUCGUGGAUGUUCAAAUAUAAACCCAUGAGUCAGGUGAGAGUCAUUCCACAAGAUGGUUGUUACACGUGCAGAGUAAGAGAGUCCAACAAAUCCAACCAUUCAUUUGUGGGUGUCAACGUUGGCUUAGUGGAGUACUUGUGUCCACAUGAUGGUUGGAGAAGCAGACAUAAUAUACAAUCUUUAACACACUGGGAUGAUACCAUUCUUGGUAAAAACAGCCAACUGAAAGACAAUGGAAGAAAGAAGUUUUUAAGAACUUGGAAGUAUAAGCACAAGAAGAAUGAAAGGUUCAGAGCUUUUGCUGAUGGGUUUCAGAAAAGUUAUGUGGGGCAAGAUCAAGUGGUAAAUGCAGUUGCUAUGAGGUCAAGGGAAGGACUUGGGAGGCCACAAAUGGUUUUAUCUUUAAAGGAGUGUAGUAAGAAGAAACAGAUGAUGUGUCAAAAGGAUUGGAAGUUCAAUACAAAGAGUGUAUAG